UAUCUAGUAAAUAUUAAAUAAGUGAUAAAUAAGAAUUAUUCGUUAAUAAAAGUAAUACUUGUAAACUAUGUCUAAAAUAUUUACUCCAACGAAUCAAAUUCGAUUAACUAAUGUCGCCAUUGUAAGAUUAAAGAAAGGUGGUAAAAGGUUUGAAAUUGCCUGCUAUAGAAAUAAAGUUAUAUCUUGGCGAAACAAAGUAGAAAAGGACAUUGAUGAAGUUCUACAAACACAUACUGUAUUUACAAAUGUUUCAAAAGGUCAAGUUGCUAAAAAAGAAGAUUUAGUCAAAAUAUUUGGUAAAGAUGAUCAGACUGAGAUAUGUAAGGAAAUAUUGGAAAAAGGUGAAUUACAAGUGUCAGAUAAAGAGAGGCAUUCUCAAAUUGAUGCUUUAUUCAAAGACAUUGCAACUACUGUAGCUGACAAAUGUGUCAAUCCAGAGACAAAAAGGCCAUAUCCAGUUUCAAUAAUAGAAAAGGCCAUGAAAGAUAUUCAUUUUUCAGUUAAUGUAAAUAAAAAUGGAAAACAGCAAGCAUUGGAUGUAAUUCAAAUGAUUAAGAAAGAGAUUCCUCUUGAAAGAGCUCAAAUGAGGGUCAGAAUACUAUUAAGUGGUAAAGAAGCACGUAAGAUAAGAGAUAAGGCUGUGAAAUUAACAUCAAAAGUUGAAGAAGAAUGUUGGGACGCUGGAACUGCUAACAUUAUCUGCCUGAUAGAUCCAGGUAGCUUCAGAAACCUAGACGAAUUGAUUAGAAGUGAAACAAAAGGUACUGGGCAAUUUGAAUUACUCAAUCUGAAAGAAACAAUUGAGGGAGAACAAACACUCUAAUGUAUUUUGUUAUUAUCUUUAAUUAACACUUUUUUUUAACAUAAUAAACCCUUUUUUAAGUAUA